AUGAGCAGCACGCGCUACGGCCGCACUUUGCUCGGCAUUUGGAGUGGAUUAUUGGCGCUUGUGUGCCUGAAUGAAAUCGUCAUGGAUAGGUCGAUGGUUUCAGCCGUUGCCUACUAUUCCGAAAAGCCUGCCUUUCUGCCAUCUUGUCGGAUCUACGAACCGGGCUUCACCAAGUGCUCUACGAAUAGCAUUCAGAAGCUUCUCGAUCAGUUGAACAUUGGAAUACCAGAGGUGCUCGAGCGGUUCGGUCCCUUUGAUCCCAUGAGAGUAAGGGAUAUAGUCUUCAAGCAGGAUAACAACGAGGUGGCCACCAUCAGAGCCAAUCUGACUGACCUGGUGGUAAAGGGUUUCGCCAACACAAAGGUAAAGGAGAGUCGUGUCAGCAAGAAAGAUUUCAGCUGGCAGACCAAAAUAUAUCUUCCGAAAAUGAGAUUGGAUGGAAGGUAUGAAAUGGCCGGGCGAAUACUCCUUAUUCCGCUGAGUGGCUCUGGAAAAAUAUUUAUUGAGAUUGAUGAUCUGGACAUUUUGCUACUAACAAAAAUACGUCUGUAUGAAAAGGGUGGCUUCACCUUCGAUAACGUGACCUCUGUGCAGGUUCAAUUGAAUCUGACAAAAGUGCGCACUUAUCUGGACAAUCUAUUCAAUGGACGCAGCAAGGAGGUGGAGCGCAGUACGAAUGAGUUUUUCAAUGAAAACUGGCGCGAUUUCUACGAGGCCCUGAAGCCACUCAUCGUUGAGACGGUGGAAAAUAUCCUUUAUGACGUAAUGUCUACGGUUUUCCAUUUAAUACCAGCCAACUUUUUCGUUGAGGACAUACCAACGCCCCAGCAACUUUAUGGUCCAAAGGAGACACUUGGUAGAAAAGAAUAGUUGAGUGAUAUCUAUUAUUGUUAACUUGUAGUACGCCAUCCCAUCCCAUAAAUUCUUUCAACAUGUGUAAUAAAAAUCAUAAACGAA